UCCAAUUAUUCCAUUCUUAUUCACAUUUCUCUUUUACAUCGAAUACUUGACUUUUACAGGUUAAAACGGAAUUACUCAUAAUUUGAUCAUUUCUCCAUUCUCUUGUUUCUUGUUAAAAGAUUGCAAAUAUAGUAAGGUAGAAGAUUUAUUUAAAAGUGAUGUAUUAUAAUUCGCUUAUUAUGUUUCAUACACAUGUUCGUAUCUGUGAUCUUUAUUCCAAUAAGUGCAUAUGAAAUCGGUAACACCCUACAAUUGGCUGACGUCACAGUGAUAAGUGGCUAUCAGCCCAUUAAAAAUAAAUUAAUUCGUGGCAAAAAAAUGUUCUAUUGAGUAUACUGACUAUUCAUCAUUACCAAUUUGCUAUUUUCGGUGUUUCCGACACAAUCCAGGUUUUUUUUGCAAAUAUAAAUGAUUGAAGUAAAUGUAGAGCUGAAUCUAACCUUUACAUUAAGAUUAAGAUAUUCAACAUGUGGAUUUGGGAAUAUUUUAUAAAUUAUCGAAGACGUGAAAAGCAUAUAAAGGCUCUCAGUGAGCCCGUUGUUACAUUUGGAACUGGCGCUGCUGCUUUUUGUGCCUUGUACUUAAUUUUCGGGUAUGGUGCACAAUUGCUGUGCAAUACAAUUGGCGUUGCGUAUCCUGCUUACAUCUCCAUACAUGCCAUAGAGUCGAGUACAAAAUUAGACGAUACUAGAUGGUUAAUUUACUGGGUGACUUAUGCCAUAUUGUCAUUAAUUGAAUACUUCUCCGGGUUUCUUACUUCGGUCAUACCUUUUUACUGGUUACUUAAGUGCGCAUUCUUAAUUUGGUGUAUGCUGCCUAUCGAAAGGAAUGGUUCCUUCGUCAUCUACCACAGCGUCGUACGCCCAUAUUUUCUGAAGCACCACCGAGCUGCUGAUGAAUUUAUUGAUAAAGUGGCUGCAAAAGCAAAGGACUCUAUUCAUAGUAUCACCAAACAAGAUUAAAUUAUUGGAGACAAUUUGCAGCAUAACUUUUUACUUGAGGUGAUUGCGUGCAUAUCCUAAAAAAGUAAACUCAUGUAAGAUCGAGGAGGAAACAAAAAAAAAAUAACAUA